UGUUCAACCCAUUUACCGAUGGACUCGACACGAAUUUACCAAAUUCCCCAUUAAAAAAAGAAUAAACUAACCUUCAACUUCCAUGCAAUUCUCCCGCCCGCCACUCUUCCUUCACCCCCUACUGCAACAUUAACGUAGUAUUUCUCUUCCUUCUCAAUUUUCCGGCUGAAAUUUACCAGUUUUUCUCUCUCUCCUCAACUCAGUGUGGAAAAAUCACGGCGUUCUAUUAAAAGACCUCCAUGAUCAUCCAUUAAUACUCCUUCUUUCGCAUGUUUACACUCAUUGAGAAAAUCUAAUUUCAGGCAUUGUUUUUUUUUUUGGAUCUUUUUGUUAUUAAUUCCAUCAAAAUUCAAGCACGGUUUAUUAUUGAUGCUUGAUUCAUCGGUAAUAUUGUGAAUUAUUUAAAUUAAAAAAAUAAUUCUGUUGAUGCAAUCGUAAUAUCUUAUCAAUGGCGGUUAACGAGUCGAAAAAUCAUAGUCCAAGCCUAGAGAGGUAGAAUUGCAGCAUCAGUGGAGCUCAUCUUGAUUGGGAGAGAUUGAAGCGAGGCAGCUCUAUGUUAGAAGCUAAGCAUCAUCAUGGUGAUACCAUAUCAACAGCAUCACCUCCUCAGCAUGAGGAAAUUGGUCCUGAAAACAAAAGACUCAAAGGCAUAGGUAUUGGUGCUCCUGAGGUCCCUGUGUCUCUUGAUGACUUGCGAAGCCUUCAACGUUUACACACUAAAUUGAGGAAGCAAUUGGAAGAUCAUGUACAUCCCUUGACGAACGCCACCAUUGAUUCGCUUCCAUGGUCCCCAUCCCUGUCCUCCUCCCUCUAUCGCAUUGAUCGCUGGGGUCCACCCUAUUUUUCUGUCAACUCCUCCGGGAAUAUUACCAUCAGGCCCUUUGGCGACGCCACACAGCCUCACCAGGAAAUUGAUCUUUUGAAGGUUGUGAGUGAAGUUUCCAACACUAAACCGAAUGGUGGAUUAGGCCUCCAGCUCCCCUUCAUUGUACGGUUCCCUGACAUUCUGAAACACCGCCUCGAAUCCCUUCAAGCAGCUUUUGAUCUUGCUUGUCAAUCUCAUGGGUACAGAUCGCCUUACCAAGGAGUCUACCCUGUGAAAUGCAAUCAGGACCGCUUUGUUGUGGAGGACAUUGUGAAAUAUGGGUAUGGGUUUGGGUUUGGGCUAGAAGCUGGGUCGAAGCCUGAACUCUUACUCUCCAUGAGCUCCCUUUGCAAAGGUCACCCUGAUGCUUUAUUGGUGUGCAAUGGUUUCAAAGAUGCUGAGUAUAUCUCUCUUGCUAUGAUUGCUCGAAAAUUGGCAAUCAACACUGUAAUAGUACUUGAGCAAGAGGAAGAAGUUGAUUUGGUUAUUGAACUUAGUCACACACUCCGUGUUCACCCCGUAAUUGGUGUCCGUGCUAAACUGAGGACGAAACAUUUAGGUCACUUUGGUUCAACCUCAGGUGAGAAAGGGAAGUUUGGAUUAACAACAACCCAAAUUUUACGUGUUGUUAAGAGGCUUGAUGCAGUUGGUAUGUUAGACUGUCUCCAGCUCCUGCAUUUUCAUAUUGGGUCUCAAAUCCCUUCAACCACGCUUCUGUCAGAUGCUUUAUCAGAAGGUGCUCAGAUUUACUGUGAGUUGGUCCUCCUUGGUGCUUGUAUGAAGGUCAUUGACAUUGGUGGUGGUCUUGGAAUUGAUUAUGAUGGGUCAAAAUCAACUGCAUCGGACAUCUCUAUCGGAUAUAGUCUAGAAGAGUAUGCCUCUGCUGUUGUUGGAGCUGUUCAAGUUGCUUGUGAUCGCAAAGGAGUGAAACACCCAGUUAUAUGCAGUGAGAGUGGCAGGGCAAUAGUGUCUCACCACUCCAUUUUGGUCUUUGAAGCGGUCUCUGCCACUGUUCCGCCUGCUCCUCCAGCGAUUUCUCCACUGGCACUGAAUUCUUUGGCUGAGGGAUUAACCGAGGAGGCUCAUAGAGAUGUCCAGAACAUUUUUGCUUCAUUGAGAAGAGGGGAGUGUGAAGCUUGCUUGCUAUAUGCUGAUCAUCUGAAACAACAUUGUAUUGAUCUGUUCAAAGACGGGUCUUUAGGAAUGGAGCAGCUUGCAGCAGUUGAUGGGUUAUGCGACAUAAUAUCGAAAGGACUUGGUGUAGGUGAUCCGGUGAGCACCUACUACGUUAAUUUGUCAAUUUUCACUUCAGUUCCUGAUUUUUGGGGGAUUGGACAAUUGUUUCCAAUAAUCCCAAUUCAUAAGCUUGAUCAAAGACCUGGAGUUAGGGGAAUUUUAGCUGAUUUAACGUGUGAUAGUGAUGGUAAGAUUGAUAAGUUUAUUGGUGGUGAGUCUGAUUUACCUCUCCAUGAAAUGCGGAGAGGAAAUGCUAACGGUUGUGGUGAUGGUGGGUGUUAUUAUCUAGGGAUGUUUUUGGGCGGAGCUUAUGAGGAAGCACUUGGGGGAGCCCACAACCUUUUCGGAGGCCCGAGUGUAAUUCAGGUCUUGCAAAAUGAUGGGCUGCAUAACUUUGCAGUAACGCGAAUUGUCCCAGGCCCAUCUUGUAGAGACAUUCUUCGGUCCGUGCAGCACGAGCCUGAGCUCAUGCUCGAGGCUCUCAAGCAUAGGGCCGAGGAAUGCCUUCACAGCCUCGAAGAUCAGAACUCUGCGUCCCUUGCUGACAGGCUGGCUCAUUUCCUUAAUCAUACGCCUUACCUUGUGGUUCACUCCACAACUCCCACUUGUGGUUUCAUCAAGAUUCAAGAACAACAGCAAGAGUGAUGAGUGUCAUCAUCCUUACUUUUUUGGUGCUAAAGUGAUCCAUUUGUUGUGAUGAUCUCUUAGUUAAUGAUCAGAAUCCUCAUUAUUUGUUUAUUACAGUAGAAUUAUUGUUUUAUCCACUGUUAGAUUUUGAUUCUCAUGACAUAGACAAAAAUGUAAGGAGUAGAACAGGUAGGCACUAGGCACCUUGCAUUUUUGUUGGACGGAACAUGGAAGGGAUAUCAAUAAUCAUAAUACAACUAAAAGGCAUGUCAAAAGAAACGAUGAAAAUCAAAAUUAUACUUCUACAAAAUUAAGUUGCCAUAUACUCAUCAAUUUUACGUAAGUUUUACUUGGCACUUUUACUAGGGAUAAAGAUUCAAAAUGGAUAUAUUAUUUCAAAAUGGAUAAAGAUUAAAGUAUGUUAUUCAAAAUGGAUAUGUUAUCUCAGGUUAUACCUGUAUUAUUAGAAGUAA